UCGACAUAAAGUUUUUCGAAAUACAAUUUUAGUUACGUGAACCAUGAACGGAAUUGAUAGAAAGGUAGUUAAAAAAUACACUCGUUCGCAUUGUUUAACUUCUUCAAUCGACUCAUAUAAUCAUCUGCUUAGAAUGCCUGUUUGUGUUUGUUAUACAUUGUUCACAUUGACAUGUAUUGUAGCAGUAAUUUUGUUGUUUCAUUUUACAACAAUAUUUGUUUGGACAGUAACAACUGGAUUAGUUGUACUAAUCUUAUUUGUCCUAUUUAGUCAAAAUAUUAACCAUGAUAAAGAUUGUUUAUUCGCUGUAAUUUUUGGAUCAUUGCUGAUUGUUGUUUUUGUGGUUGUGGUAGCCAUGUUGGCAAAGGGUUUACAAUAUGGAUACACUUUCACAACAUGUUACUUCAAUGAAUGUUGCGACGACAACUGGAUCUCUCCCAAUAUCAGUGUCCUUUCAUUCCAACUAAACAAAAAGUUGUACGGUCAACACCUAGUGAUUGGUCCUUUGGUGAAACAUCUAAGAAGUCACGUUGAAGUUCAACAUAAACAAGCAACAGUGCUUUCACUAAAUGGUUUGCCUGGAACCGGGAAAAACGUCGUGAGUCGCAUGGUGGCAGAUAACAUGUAUGUCAAGGGUAUGGAGAGCAAAUACGUUCAUCUUCUUUCAGCAACGAAAGAUUUUCCUCAUGAAAGUAUGCUAGAACAAUACAAGAAGAUGCUGAAUAUGAUGUUAGAAAGAGCUGUUAAAGAAUGUUCAAGGUCACUUUUUAUCAUUGAUGAAAUGGACAAAUUACCUCCUGGUUUGAUUGACACUAUCCGCCCUUACGUUGAUGACUACGAACACGAGGAAGGAACAUACUUUAAUAAAUUUCUUUUUCUCUUCUUAAGUAACACGGGCGGAGACAUUCUUGCUAAACAUGUUGUGCAAAGUUAUACUCGUGGAUAUGAUAGAAGAGAAUUGAGACUAAAGGAUAUGGAAGAAAUUGUACGAAUUUCAUCGUUAAAUGAACCAAGAAAAGUGACUAUACAUUGUAUUUAA